AUGAAUAGUGAAAAAAAAGUGUCAUCGCAGACGAGCGCGCCGGCUUUUCGGCAGACGGGCCCCCAUACUAACGCGCCGUGUUCUCCUCGCGGACGCCGGCAGGCCGAGUCGCUACGAUUGCCCUCCUCGCGGAGCUUUCUCACUUUAUUCGCCUUUCUCUGCGAAGCAAGUCGUCGGUGCCGGAUCGCGCCGGCUCUCGAUCGGUCGCGAGGCAAAGCGCGCGCCGCCAACGGGGACUCCAGGCGCCGGCAGCGGCCGUGUUUCGCGCAACGCGAGGAGAAGAGGAGGAGAAGGAAGGCGCGCCGAGCACAUGGCCGGCCACGUGCGCAUGCGCGGCAGGAGGGGGGCAAAAUGUGGCGGAGCGCCAUCGUGCAUGAACCACAUGUUCUGGUACGUUGGCGCUGGCGGCUGUUGUGGCGGCGACGGGUGUGCGCUUUGAGAGCGGCGCUGCAGCGUGGCCGGCGUCUGCCGGUGACUCCAGAGGACGCGGCGGCGGCGGAGGCCACGGGGGCUGUGGGGGCGGAGGCGGUGGCGAGGGCGGAGGCGGCCAAGGCGCCCGCCGGCGUCUGGCUGCUGCUCUGCGGACGCUGCGCGCCUGCCUGUCCCAGGCUGCACGGUGGGCACCUCUUCCCUAACUAA